GCUACCUCCCGCGCGGACCGCAUUGCAAGCCCGGCCGCUGUUCUCUUCGACUGCACGCUUCGGUGUUGCCCUCGGACCGCAGCCAGCCAGCCAGCCCCCGCUCUCUUGAGUUCUCCCUGCGGCCCGGACGCGUAGUAUGAUCUUUAGUUGUUUGUUCUCCCAGCCAUUUUCUAUGGACAACCAAGGAGACCAGGCCAUGAUAGCUACUGGCAACUUUGAAGAGCGGGACACCUUUAGAGAAGCUUGAUCUUGAAGGCCUUAGCCUGCAACCUUGCAAAGCCAGAUUCCGGCAGAGUUCCUCUAUCUCAUCUUGCUGAUAGAAGGUGGUGCGUCCUUCGGUUUUUCUCCAUUGCUGUGUGGUAGAGGGAAAUCAGAAUCAUGGUUGGAUUCAAGGCCACCGAGGUGCCCCCGACUGCCACUGUGAAGUUCCUGGGGGCUGGCACUGCGGCCUGCAUCGCAGAUCUCAUCACCUUUCCUCUGGAUACUGCUAAAGUCCGGCUGCAGAUCCAAGGAGAACGACAGGGGCCAGUGUGCACUGCAGCCAGUGCCAAGUACCGCGGCGUGCUGGGCACCAUCCUGACCAUGGUGCGCACUGAGGGUGCCAGCAGCCUCUACAAUGGGCUGGUGGCCGGGCUGCAGCGCCAGAUGAGCUUUGCCUCCGUCCGCAUCGGGCUCUAUGACUCAGUCAAGCAGUUCUACACCAAGGGAUCUGAACACGCCAGCAUUGGGAGCCGUCUCCUGGCAGGUAGCACCACGGGUGCCCUGGCUGUUGCCGUGGCCCAGCCCACAGAUGUGGUAAAGGUCCGGUUCCAAGCUCAGGCCAGAGCUGGUGGUGACCGCAGAUACCAAAGCACUGUGGAUGCCUACAAGACCAUCGCCCGAGAGGAAGGGUUCCGGGGACUCUGGAAAGGGACCUCUCCCAAUGUUGUUCGUAAUGCCAUCGUCAAUUGUGCUGAGCUGGUGACCUAUGACAUCAUCAAGGAUGCGCUCCUGAAGGCUAACCUCAUGACAGAUGACCUCCCUUGUCACUUCACCUCCGCCUUUGGGGCAGGCUUCUGUACCACCGUCAUCGCCUCCCCAGUCGACGUGGUCAAGACGAGAUACAUGAACUCUGCCUUGGGCCAGUACAGCAGCGCUGGCCACUGUGCCCUUACUAUGCUUCAGAAGGAGGGACCCCGAGCCUUCUACAAAGGGUUCAUGCCUUCCUUUCUCCGCUUGGGGUCCUGGAAUGUGGUGAUGUUUGUCACCUAUGAGCAGCUGAAACGGGCCCUCACCACUGCGUGCACACCCAGGGAGGCUCCCUUCUGAGCCUCUCCUUCUGGACCGCCUCUCGCCCUAGCUUCACCCCAGCCACGCCACGCUUCCCUUUUCCUGCUUCUCCCUUUCCCCCUUCCCUUCUCCUUUCCUUCUUCUCACCACCCCUUUUCUCCCCCACAUUCCUCCUACCCUAACUGGCUCAUUGCCAGUGGAGCUGACCCUGACCCUAUGUGACAGUGAAGAGUGCUGGCCCUAACCAGGACCUCCUGCCCUCAGUCCCUUGAAAAGUUCAGUCCAGCCCAGCCAGUCUAUCACCGAUAAAGCAAGCUCAAUUA